UUGUUAUAGAAUAUGUUGCCGGCAUUUCAUUUUAGUUGUAGCGACAUGGUGACCAAAUGGAAAAUGCUUUCGGUGGGGGGAUCAUGUGAGUUGGAUGUUUGGCCCUAUCUUGAAAAUUUGACAGGGGAUGUGAUUUCUCGGACAGCAUUUGGUAGUAGCUAUGAAGAAGGAAGAAGGAUAUUCCAGCUCCAGAAAGAACAAACACAUCUUGCAAUCCAGGUUACAAUGUCAGUUUAUAUCCCGGGAUGGAGGUUUUUACCCACAAAGACGAACAGGAGGAUGAAGCAAAUAAGCAAAGAAGUAUAUGCAUUGUUGAGGGGUAUCAUUAACAAAAGGGAGAAGGCAAUGAAGGCUGGCGAAACUGCUAAUAGUGACUUAUUAGGUAUACUAAUGGAAUCUAAUUUUAGAGAAAUUCAAGAACAUCAAAAUAACAAGAAGAUUGGAAUGAGUGUCAAAGAUGUCAUUGAAGAGUGUAAGCUAUUCUAUCUUGCUGGCCAAGAGACAACCUCAGUUUUGCUUGUAUGGACAAUGGUCCUGCUAAGCGAGCAUCCAAACUGGCAAGCUCGUGCAAUAGAAGAGGUUUUACAGGUUUUUGGGAAUAAAAAACCGGAAGCUGAUGGAUUAAAUCACCUAAAAAUUGUUACCAUGAUUUUUCAUGAGGUUCUUAGGUUAUACCCACCAGUAGAAAUGCUUGCUAGAGUUGUUUAUAAGGACACUCAAGUGGGAGACAUGUGUUUUCCAGCUAGAGUGCAAGUCAUGUUGCCCACCAUCCUAGUUCACCAUGAUCAUGAAAUUUGGGGGGAUGAUGCAAAGGAGUUUAAUCCAGAGAGGUUUGCAGAGGGAGUUUUGAACGCAACAAAAAACCAAGUUUCAUUUUUCCCAUUUAGUUGGGGUCCUCGGGUAUGCAUUGGACAAAAUUUUGCAAUGAUGGAGGCAAAAAUAGCUUUGGCAAUGAUCUUACAACACUUCUCAUUUGAACUUUCGCCAUCCUAUGCUCAUGCUCCUUUCAGUAUCCUAACUAUGCAACCCCAAUAUGGUGCACACCUGAUUCUACGUGGACUUCAGUGUUGA